AUGUACUAUGGUGAAAGUUACAAUGCUAAGACUGAGAUUGAAGAGAGGUUGGCCAAAUUAAGAAAAUCGAGAGGUGAUAAGGACAAACUAUUCAACAAACUGUCAAAAUUUGGUGUUUUUGAGGGAACGACGGAAGUGGGACUCAAAAGUAUUUGGAGGAUUUAUCAUUUAGUGGACAAAAAGAAAAACCUUGGAGAGGCAAAAGAAGAGAUACGCAAGGCUCUGUUGGGGUUUGAUAACUUCGAAAUGGGAUCAAAGGUUGAUAAGAACUCAACUAAGCUUGAAAUUGUUGCAGAGGCAGUCUUGAAAAUGCUGCCCCGUGUCCUCCGGAUGUCGGAAGAUAUGACGUAUCUUAGACAAUAUGGAUGCCCUCAUGGCGGUGGCAGCGGAGGAGGUGGAGGAGGCAGUGGUAAAGGUGGUGGAGGAAGGGGUGGAGGAGGUGGUGGUAGUGGAGGAGGCGGAGGCAAAGUCUCCGAUAGUGGAGAAAACGAUGAUGGUGGAAGCAACGAUGAUGGAUGA